CUCGCCGUCCCCUGGCCCCGCCCCCCGAGCGCCGAGAUCUGUCGGCUGCCCGGGUCGGUAGGUCUCCGGGUAUUUACCGGUCUGUUUGCUACAAUGCCGCUGUACGAGGGCCUGGGAAGCGGCGGGGAGAAAACGGCGGUCGUGAUAGAUCUGGGAGAGGCUUUUACCAAAUGUGGAUUUGCUGGAGAAACUGGUCCAAGAUGUAUAAUUCCCAGUGUGAUAAAAAAAGCUGGCAUGCCUAAGCCUAUCAAAGUUGUACAAUAUAACAUCAAUACAGAAGAACUAUAUUCCUACCUAAAGGAAUUCAUCCAUAUACUGUAUUUCAGGCAUCUAUUGGUGAAUCCCAGAGACCGCAGAGUUGUGGUUAUCGAGUCUGUAUUAUGUCCUUCCCACUUCAGAGAGACACUCACUCGUGUUCUUUUCAAGUAUUUUGAGGUUCCAUCUGUCUUGCUUGCUCCAAGUCAUCUAAUGGCUCUUCUUACACUUGGGAUAAACUCUGCCAUGGUGCUAGAUUGUGGAUAUAGGGAGAGCCUGGUGUUACCUAUAUAUGAAGGGAUCCCAGUACUGAAUUGUUGGGGAGCACUCCCCUUAGGAGGAAAAGCUCUUCACAAGGAGUUGGAAACUCAACUGUUGGAACAAUGUACUGUUGACACAGGUGCUGCUAAAGAACAGAGCCUUCCCUCUGUGAUGGGUUCAAUUCCAGAAGGUAUCUUGGAGGACAUUAAAGUGCGCACUUGCUUUGUUAGUGAUCUGAAGCGUGGACUAAACAUCCAGGCAGCAAAAUUUAAUAUUGAUGGGAAUACUGAGCGUCCCUCACCACCCCCAAAUGUUGACUACCCAUUAGAUGGAGAGAAGAUUUUACAUGUACUUGGAUCAAUCAGAGAUUCUGUUGUGGAGAUCCUUUUUGAGCAAGAUAAUGAAGAGAAAUCAGUUGCCACUUUAAUAUUGGAUUCCCUUAUGCAGUGCCCAAUAGACACCAGGAAGCAGCUAGCAGAGAAUUUGGUAGUCAUAGGUGGCACAUCUAUGUUGCCAGGUUUCCUUCACAGACUACUUGCAGAAAUAAGGUAUUUGGUAGAAAAACCAAAAUAUAAAAAAACGCUUGCUACCAAGACAUUCCGAAUUCAUACUCCACCUGCAAAGGCUAAUUGUGUAGCAUGGCUAGGAGGAGCUAUUUUUGGAGCACUUCAAGACAUACUUGGGAGCCGUUCAGUCUCUAAGGAUUAUUAUAACCAGACAGGCCGUAUACCUGAUUGGUGUUCUCUUAAUAAUCCACCUUUAGAAAUGAUGUUCGAUGUUGGGAAGAAUCAGCCUCCUCUGAUGAAGAGAGCAUUUUCCACUGAAAAAUGAAAGUUUGAUUAAAAUUCAACUUUGCUUCUUUUCAAAUAUCUCAUCAAUUAGAAGCAAAUUGUACAAAGUGUAUAGAAUGCUGUUAGAGACGACACUAGUAGAAGUGAAAGCAUUUCUGUAAUUAUAUGUCACAUUAAUAUUUAAUCAUUUUGACUGGUUUCUCUUGUGUAAUGGUAGAAUGGUAGCUGAUGCUUAUGAUAUUAGUUGUAUUUAUAUCAAUAAAAUAUACUAAAAUGGUUUCAUUUUGGAGAUUUGUUACAUAGUUCAGUUUUCAAAAAGAGGAAAAGCAUCUCUCCAUAAUUCACAUAAUCUGUCUUGGGCAUCAGAGACUUCAUUAAUUUCAUUAUUUUCAUCAAUUAUUUCAUCUAAAGAAUAAUGUUACCAUUUCUAGUUAUUUCAAAUAUUUACAUGGGUCUGUGUCUUAAGAUCCUUUUGUUUUGAUGUUUGUGUCCAGGUUAUAAUAAUGCUACUUUUGGACUGAUAAUUUUGGGUAGCAUAGUUAAGCAUUUGGUAAGCAAAAUGUGGAAAUGUUCACUUUCUUAACUUUAUAGUUUGUGAAUUUCUAAGGAAAAGAUAUUUCAUUUUAAUGCAAAGAUACUCAUGCAUUUUUAUGCAACUGCUGUUUAAACAUGUAUUCAUAAUGUCUUUACUCUUUUGUGCUUUUUAUUUUCUAAAAGCAGGGUUCUUUGUAAUAUGUACUCAGUCAUUGUUUAAUUUUUCAUUUUUGUUUUUCUUCCUUUGUUUUUAAUGAACUACCUCUUACUAGAAUGUUGCUGGUUUCAUUCUAAGUACCUGUGAAGAUAGGAAAUAUAUAUGUAUUCUUGUAGUCCUAAAGACUGAGUAAGAAUUUAUUUAGACUAUAUGUCCCAAGUCUGUUUUUACUUAUAGUUUGAUCAUUUUGUUUGUCCUUUUUCUAUAGCCUGCCUAGUUUUGCUGUGUGCUCUGUAUAUGAAGAUACUAACACCAAGUAACUCUUGAAAGAGUUGGAUCCUGGCAUUAAGAAUAGGAAAAGAUUCAUUUUUAUCUUUGUGUAUGUGUUGCUUUUUAAAAUACAUCUAGGUUUACUU